UAAGGCGGCAGUUUACACACAAGUCGCACACCCUCUCAAUAAAACAAGAACAGCGAAGAGAGAGCAACGAUUGUGUCAUCUUCGAAUGGCUAGAGAUAGCUGCUUAGCACGUGUCGGCGCCGGAGUUGCUGUCGGCGGUGCUGUCGGUGGUGCGGUCGGUGCUGUUUAUGGGACAUAUGAGGCUGUUAGAUAUAAGGUUCCAGGACUCCUAAAGAUAAGAUAUAUUGGGCAAACUACCUUAGGGAGUGCAGCAAUUUUCGGUCUUUUCUUGGGUGCGGGUAGCUUGAUACAUUGUGGGAAGUCUUACUAACUUUUUCUCUUGCUUUUUGGCAUUGAGAUUGUGUUAUUUGUGUUAUCAUAAGUACCUUUGGCCUUCAUGAUAUAUAUUGCAUCUUCUGUAUGAUGAGGAAUUCAGACACCUUUUUGUUUGUUUUUUUUUUUUUCUUUAGUUAUUUAAUGAAUUUUGACUGAAAUAAAAGUGACCUCGAAAAGAAGAGGACAUGUUACUUUUA